CUCUCUCUCUCUCUCUCUCUCACACACAAACACACACACACACACACUCUGCUGUGGCGGAAACACGCUCCUGUCGCUCUGUGAUUCUCUCUCUGUUCGCCAGGUCAUUCUGAGAAAGGAAACGGCUGACGGACUCGACGUAAAAAAAUCCCCUGAAUACAGACCGACCUCAGAUUUGAAAGGGUCAAAGGUCAUGACCUUACUUUGAUCCUAUAUCCUUCCCUCGUGACCUCAUGUUCCACACUUUCCCCAACAAAUCGCGAACGCAGACGUCGGUCGGCAUGGAGAAGACGUACUCCCUGACCGCGCAUUACGACGACUUCCAGGAGAUCAAGUACGGCAGCCGCUACGGGAGCAACACGCUGAGCAACGGCAUGAGUUUGCAUCUGGGCGGAUCCUUAGAUCGUGGGAGCCGAGGGCGAAGUGGGCGGGGCCAGUGCGUGGUGGGCGGGGCCACCCCUGGGGGCGGGGCUCCGGCCCGCUGGAGCCGGCGGGAAAUCUGCCUUCUCUCGGCGCUGGUGUUCGCGGCGGGAAUGUGCGUGAUUCUCGGAUGCAUGCUAGCGCUGAAGUUCCUGUCGCUGGAAGCGCAGGAUUCGCAGUGCAGGCAGGAUUGCGUCAAGCGGCGUUCGCUGAUCCGGGCCGCGCGAUUCGUCCAGGGGAACAUCGACCCGAGCGUCCAGCCCUGUCACGACUUCUACAGCUUCGCCUGCGGAGGAUGGCUCCGCCGACACGGGAUUCCCGACGACAAACUGAGCUACGGGAUCAUCACCGCCAUCGGGGAACUGAACCAGGAGAAGCUGCAGCGCCUCCUACAGGUGCCGGUCCAGAGGAACGAGCCGGACAGUGCCGAGAGGAAGGUGAAAGAAUUCUACCGCUCGUGUAUCAACAUGAAGGAGAUCGACCGUCUGGGGGCGGGGCCUAUGACUGAGGUGAUCGACAGCUGUGGUGGGUGGGACCUGUCUGGAGCUCCGCCCAGAGGGGCGGGGUGGGACAGUAGCUCCGCCCCUGUGAGCCCGGAUUUUAAUGAGAUGCUGUACAAGACUCAGGGAUUAUACAGCACAUCUGUGUUCUUCUCGCUCACCGUCAGCGCAGACGAUAAAAACUCGUCACGCAACGCCAUACGGAUUGAUCAGGAGGGUUUGACUCUGCCGGAACGAACUCUGUACCUCGGACAAGAUGAAGACAGUGUGAAGAUUCUGGCGUCCUAUAAGGCGCUGAUGGAGCGAUUGCUGAGCAUGCUGGGAGCUCAAAACGCCACGCUGAAGUCUCGAGAGAUUCUGGAUCUGGAGAUGAAACUAGCAAACAUCACAGUGUCUGAAUACGAGGAGCAAAGAAGAGACAUCAGCAGCAUGUACAACCGCAUCACUCUGAACCAGCUGCAGAAACUGGCUCCGAGCUUCCACUGGAAGCGUCUUCUGGACCGAAUCUUCAACGAUAAUUUCUCCGAGGACGAGGAGAUCGUAGUUUUGGCCACUGACUACAUUCAGACGGUGUCGGACAUCAUUAAAACCACGUCCAAACGGGUUCUUCAUAACUACAUGCUGUGGCGUAUGGUGGCGGCUCUGAGCGAGCAUCUCUCCACGGCGUUUCGCAGCUCCAUCCACGAGUUCUCUCGCGAGAUCGACGGCACCGAGCAACAGCUGGACCUGCAGCGUCUGUGUCUCAAUCAGGCCAACAAACACUUCGGCAUGGCUCUCGGUGCGCUCUUCGUUCAGCAGCACUUCUCCUCCGCCAGCAGAGUCAAGGUACAGGAGCUGGUGGAGGACAUCAAGCACUCGUUGGAUCUGAGACUACAGGAGCUCGACUGGAUGGAUGACGAAACUAAAGACGCUGCGAGAGCAAAG